UUAAAUCAUCGCGAGAAACAAGCAUAACAGAUGUACUUCUGAAAACAUCUGUUUUUUUGGCGGUUCAAAGCACAAAAUGCGAAAAAGUAAGAUUAUAAAUAACCUGACCAUUUGAAACCUUUAAAGACCCCUUUAAACUUCCAAAAAAAAAAACGUGGUUUAUAUAAGACGAUGUUUGGACCUGGKUACUACCAGACAGAGCUUUACAAGCGACGAUGGAUGAUGCUAGCCGUWUUUUGCCUUCUUUCAAUGACCAACUCGGGUCAGUGGCUCAUGUUUGCAUCAAUCAGCGAUAUUGUCCAGUCAUACUAUGGCGUGUCCUCCUUUGGUGUUAAYUGUCUUUCMAUGGUUUUCAUGGCCGUCUAUAUUCUAUUUAUCGUKCCCGCUUCAUGGAUUCUUGAUCGAUAUGGUCUCAAAGCCAAUACCUUCUUUGGAGCUGGUUUCAACGUMCUGGGUGCAUGGCUGAAGCUCUGUGGCACAAGCGCGAAAGGUGGUUUUAACUGGGUGGUUGCUGGCCAGACCGUGACUGCAGUAGCACAGUGUUUCAUCCUUGGUGUUCCRCCUCGACUCGCUGCUGUUUGGUUUGGUCAAGACGAACGCAGUACCGCAACAGCGCUCGGGGUGUUUGCUAGUCAAGUUGGUGUCGCCCUUUAYUUUGCUGCCGUCCCAUUUCUCAUUCCGCGCUCGAAGGAACCCUCUGAAGUGCACAACGGAUUUCAAAUGCUCUACGCCGGGAUCGCAAUUCUGUGCAGUCUCAUAGGAGCUGCAAUACURAUCGCAUUUGAGGAUGCGCCGCCUGUGCCUCCAAGUCAAUCCCAGGCAGUGUUGCAAGAGAGAAGGAAGAGCUUCAGGAUGUCUUUUAAGGAGUCKUUUCGUCGUUUGUUUGGGAAUUCUUCGUACGUGUUUUUGUUGAUUGCUUACGGGAUCUAUGCUGGUGCACAAUAUUCAGUGGCAACACUGCUAAACCAGAUGACRUCCCAAAAGUUUCCAAACCAAGAUGUUCUCAUUGGUCUUCUUGGCUUUGUCUUUGUGAUUUCUGGUCUGCCCACCACUGUUCUUGCUGGAAUAUGGCUGGACAGAACCCUGGCGUACAAACGUGGCACUAUCUUCCUUCUCGCCACAGCCUUCCUGGCAAUGGUAGCAUUCACAAUAACGUUGGAAUUUGCGCAAAGCAUCUAUGGACUUUUCCUGGUUCUUGCUGUGCUUGGGUUUUGCUCCACUWCCUUCCUCCCCCUGGGGUUUGAAUUUGCUGCAGAAAUUACUUACCCUGUACCUGAGGGGACAUCUGCAGGAAUACUCAACGCAUCUGCCCAGUGCUUUGGAAUCUUUUUCAUUGUCUUGAUUGGUAGUCUUGUGGAGAAGGCAGGAGCUGUUGUUGGAAAUCUUGUCCUGAGCGGUGCGUUGUUGCUGGGAGUUGGUCUCCUUCCCCUGGUUAGGGCUGACUUACACAGAAGAUCAGUCGACAUGUACGGYGACGAAAUCAUUGAUAAUAAUAUGCCUGAUCCAGACGACCGCUAUGGAUCGAGUUAUCAACAAAUUCCACUAGUAGUCUCAGAUUGACAACGCCAAUCAAARCCCAAACAUCUGUCAUGAAAAUGAACAGAUGUGAACUUAGGGAGGGAG